CCCAUCCUUACCACUACUCAUCAGCUUGCUCAGCUUUCAGCUUUCCCCUCCCUCUGCAAGCUUGCCCAACCCAAUAAGCUAAGCAAGCACUCACCACACACUCUCUAGUAGCUAGCCAAGCUAGCCGCCCCUCGCACGCGUGCGCGCGCACCAGCGCAUAUCUAUCAUCAGCUAGCCAAGAAACGGAGGAGCAGAUCGAUCGGCCGACAUGGGGGAUCAUGCUGAGAUGUUGCAUGCCGCUCCGGCCAUGUACAACGGCGUCGGCGCCGGUGCUGCUGCCCCUCAUGGCGGGUGGUGGAAUACUACGGCGGUGCCCGCGACGACGUGCUCGACGGAGCUGGCCGGGUUCACGACGUGGUCGUCCGCCCUGGCUGCUAGCUACGACCUGGCGGCCGAGGGGGGAAAGGCCAAGUGCGCGGCCACCACUGCCUCGUCGGAGUCGCCCGGGAACAACAGCUCCGUGACCUUCCAAGAACCGGCAAGCGUCACGGAUCCUGCUGGCGUCGGAACCGCCGUGGUGCAGCAGCCUCUUGCUGGUUACACUGACUGGACCCAUCCGUAUAUGAGCAGUGGUGCUACUACUUUGCAUGGGUUUCUGCAAGAUGGUCACCAGCAGGACAUGAGCUCAACAACUGAGCAAAGCGCCAUGACGGCAUCAAGCCUGAUGAACCCUUCAUCCAAUAACCUAGCCCUGGCCCUGCAAGGUCACCAUCACCAAGAGCAGGACCACCAGCAGCAGAUGCUGUCCAGCUUCGGAUCCGAGCUGCUCUUGUCGCCGACCUCGCCCUACGGGUUCCAGUCAUCCCUGCUAAGAAGCCUCAUGGAGCCGACAGCAACGGCGGCGGCGAAGCCGCAGGCUUUGCCGGGGUACCAGCAGUAUGAUCAGUACCAGCAGAUGGGCAUGGGCCAGGCGAGGUUUCCACCGGCCGGAGCUACCAGGGAGGCACUUCAGUUCACCAACGACGCGCCGUUCUGGAACCCUUCUGCUGCUGGGUUCGGCGUGGCGCCGGCGCCGGCGCCUGACCAAGCUAGCAGCGUUCGUUCUGUCAAACCAUCGCCGACGGCUGCGCGUACUACAGCAACCCUUGCAUUAAAGACUGCGUUGGAAGGAGUAGGAGAGUCUGCUAGCUCAAUCAUCACCAAGAAGAAGGCGAACGGCGAGCCGGCCUUCAAGAAAUCGAGGCUCGAGACGCCGUCGCCGUUGCCAACGUUCAAGGUUAGGAAGGAGAAGCUAGGGGACAGGGUCACUGCACUCCAACAACUAGUCGCCCCUUUUGGAAAGACGGAUACGGCAUCGGUGCUCCAUGAGACCAUCGAGUACAUCAAGUUCCUCCACGACCAAGUUGGUGUCCUUAGUGCUCCAUACUUGAAGAACAACGGCCAUCAUCAAGUGCCCCACUUGAAGAGCUCAAGUCCUGACAAGUCCAACAAGGACGACAACAGCCAUGCCGGCGAGGUAUCGCUCAAGGGCCGGGGGUUGUGCCUGGUCCCGAUAUCGAGCACGUUCGCGGUAGCCAGCGAGGUGCCCGUCGACUUCGUGUGGAGUACUCCAUUUGCUGCCAACUUUAGGUAGACGAAGAAGCCUCCAAAGCUCUGAUCAGAGUCGUCGAACGAGCAACUAGCUAGCUACCUGCAGCCUACCACAGAUCGAUCGACCUGGCCUGAUGAUAUAUAUAUAUAUAUAUAUAUCCAUGCAUGUUUCUUAGUCUAGUCCUAGCAGUGUAUGGUCAUGGUUCGUUAUCUCUCGUAACUGUAGUAGUACUAAGCAUGCAGCAGCUCUGGCAACGAAAAAGGAUUGCAGACUGAGCUUGCUAGCUAGAUGAACCUUUGGAAUGAGUCCUUGAAGACUUGGAUUCAUUCUCCAGGUUCAUCUAUCUAUCCAUCCGAUCCAUCAGGGAAUAAGGGAUCAGCUAAUAUAUUUUGAGAGAGGACACAACAAGUCUCUACUGAUCGUCAUCAGCUUCUAAUUAUGAUUGGUUGUUAGGUUGCAUCAUUGGGUAGUUGUACGUGGAAGGAUUUGUUAAAGAUGUGUAAUGGUUUCUAGAGUUUAAACUAGUGACAGACGGAAUGGAUCAAAGUGUGUAGCAGGUUUCUAUUGAUUGUACUACCAAAUAAAAAGUGGCAUCUCUUUGAUUGAUC